UCAAGAGCCUACACUUUAAUAAGUUCAAAUAAGAAAAAUUCAAGUAAAGAUCGAACAAGUUCAAUUUUACCUCAACCUAUGACCAAAUAGGCAAAUAUGAAUGUAUAAUAAAUUAUUAAACAAAUACAAUAAACAAAAUUAAAAACAAUACCCUUUAGGCAUUAGGCCUUUACAUUCCCAUACUCUUCAUCGAUUAGACCAAAAGCAAAAAAGAGAUAAAAUAAUAAUAAUAAUAAUAAUAAUAUUGAGAUUCUCUCAAAAUACUCUUUUUAUUCUCUCUCCUACUAUACUAAUGAUGUUGAAUGAGCUAAAAUCCAACAUCAAGAUACUCCUUUAUUUCAAUAAAGUAAAAAAAAAAAAAAAGAUUUAAUUUUUUCUUAGAAUUUCCUAUCCACUCAGUUAAAAACCCACCACACCACCCCAUAUUCUCUUCUGAUGAUUUACACACUCACAAUAACUUGUAGUUAGUUUCAAUCUAAGCUAAGUUAAGUUUUAGAAGUGGGUGAGUGCGUUGAUAUUUCAUUUUUAUUUUUAACCCAAAAAAUAAAUAAAAUAGUUUUUAUCCCCUCAUCAUAUCAUAUUAUUCAUCAUCAUCAAAUUACAUACUUGAUGGUUGGGUUAAAAUGGAUACUUUGUUUAGACUAGUCAGUUUCCAACAAACACACCCACAACCACAACAACAACAAUUAUCUUCUGAUAAUCAAUCUUCUUUCAAUAAUUCCAAUUCUAGUUCUUCCUCUAUUAUCUCUUCCAAACAUUCUACCCAUAAUAGUAACAACAACUAUUACCAUUAUCAUCAACAUCAACAACAACAACACUUUCCUCAAGACGAAGAAUGCUUCAACUUUUUCAUGGAUGAAGAAGACUUUUCUUCUUCCUCUUCACACAAUAAGCAACAACCUCAACCGAAUACAACCUCGCCUUUUUAUCCUUCUUAUCCCUAUCAGCAGCAACAACAACAUCAUCAUCAGCAGUAUCAUCAUCCUUCUGCUUCGCCUUCCACUACUACUACCUCCACCCCCACCACCACCAACACCCCCCCAACCACCCAUGGCGGUGGUACAACAACAACCCUUAACCUAGAGUUGUUAUCCGACCCAUCUUUUUACGUAGGUAAAUGGGCUAAUAAUCUUCUACUGGAGGCAGCUCGAGCGGUGUCAGACUCUGACACCGCUCGCCUCCACCAAAUACUAUGGAUGCUAAACGAACUCGGGUCCCCAUAUGGGGACGUCGAGCAGAAGUUAGCAUCCUACUUCACACAAGCCCUCUUUACUCGAAUGACCGACUCCGGCGAUCGUUGCUACAACAACAUGAGAGUUGCCGCGGAUAAAUCAUUCUCGUUCGAAACAACUCGAAAGAUGCUACUUAAGUUCCAAGAAGUUAGUCCUUGGACUACAUUCGGACACGUGGCGAGUAACGGUGCAUUGAUUGAUGCCCUAGAUGGUGAGCCUAAACUCCAUAUUAUUGACAUUAGUAACACAUUUUGUACUCAAUGGCCGACUCUUCUAGAAGCUCUUGCCACACGUAUGGAUGACACGCCUCACUUGAAGCUAACCACCGUGCUCGAUAGCAACGAUGUCGGAGUCCAAAGAGUUAUGAAAGAAAUUGGUGUUCGAUUAGAGAAGUUUGCUAGAUUAAUGGGGGUACCCUUUAAAUUUAAGGUUAUUCAUCAUGUAGGUGAUUUGUCUACUUUAGAUUUUUCUGAUCUUGAUGUUAAGGAGGACGAAGCUUUGGCGAUAAACCUCGUAAACUCGUUACAUACGUUGAGUUUACGCCGUCGUGAUGGGUUGUUGUCGGCGUUUAAGGGGCUGAAUCCGAGGGUGGUUACGGUGGUUGAAGAGGAGGCGGAUUUUGCGGCGGAUGAAGAUGGGUUUGUACGAGGUUUUUCGGAGUGUUUAAGGUGGUUUAGGGUUUACUUUGAGGCGUUAGAGGAGAGUUUUGGUAGGACGAGUAAUGAGAAGUUGAUGUUGGAACGGGCAGCGGGCAAGGCGCUUGUGGAUUUGUUGGCUUGCCCGGAGGCCACGUCAGCGGAGAGGAGAGAGAAUGCCACUAGGUGGACAGGGAGGAUGCGUGGGGUAGGGUUUGGACACGUGGCGUAUAGUGAGGAGGUUUGUGAUGAUGUAAGGGCUUUGCUUAGGAGGUAUAAAGAAGGGUGGUCGAUGGCACAGUGCUCGUCGUUGGCGUCUCCGGCUGCCGGAAUAUUCUUGAAUUGGAGGGAUCAACCCGUCGUGUGGGCCAGUGCAUGGAAACCUUAGUUGUGGUUGGCACGUGCGGUCGUGCAGUUUGAAGCACGCUCGCACGUGCUUGCAAUUCUAUGUUUGUCAUGAGGUUUAUGGGUGUGAGAUUUUUAUUUAUUUUUAUUUUUUUUGUUAAAGAAGUAGGAAGUUUUUUUUAAAAAAAAGGCAUAUUGAGAUAUUAUCGAUCAAAUUAGGUUGCAAUUUGGAUUUUGGAUAGGGUUUGACAUUGCAAAAUGGAUGAUCAUGAUCAUAACAUCUUUAAUUUGGGUCAUGGAUUUUAUUUUCUUUGGAUUUGGUUACUUUUAAUAUCAAUUUGAUCACGCUUAAUUGUGAUUAAUUUUUUUUCAAUAGAAUUUGUCUAAUAAUUUUACAGUCA